UAACUGGACUGCCGCCUAUAUGUCACAGGAAAACAUCUCAAAUCCUAUCCAUGGUUGUCUUGAGGAUAAGAAAUGCGCACAAAAGGAAAUAUGUACUUAUCUGCCUGUGCAUUGUUGGCUUCAUCAUGUACAGAUAUCUCAGCAUGCCAGCAGGGGGACGGAGAAUGAGCAGGAAGGUUGGUCUGAGUGCCAACUCGACCCAGUUCACCCUAGAGGGAGAGUCCUUCCGCAUCCUCGGGGGAUCUGUCCACUAUUUCCGUGUCCCCAGGGCCUACUGGAGGGACCGCCUGAUGAAAAUGAAGGCCUGUGGCAUCAACACCCUCACUACGUACGUGCCGUGGAGUCUGCACCAGCCAGAGAGAGGGGUUUUCAACUUCCACACGCAGCUGGAUUUAGAAGCCUAUAUCAAUCUUGCUGCUGAAUUGGGAUUGUGGGUGAUUUUACGUCCGGGGCCCUACAUUUCCUCUGAGCUGGAUCUAGGAGGACUGCCAAGCUGGCUCCUCCGUGACGGCAGCAUGAGACUGAGGACGACUUACCCGGGCUUCACUCAGGCUGUCAAUACUUUUUUUGACAAACUAAUACCAAAAGUGGUUCCACUGCAGUUCAAGAAAGGAGGUCCCAUCAUUGCAGUGCAGGUGGAAAACAAGUAUGGGUCCUUUGCAAAGGAUGAAAGUUACAUGCUUUUCAUUAAAGAGGCCUUACAGUCCAGAGGGAUCAGCGAGCUCUUGCUCACAUCAGAUAACCACAACACAUUAAAGUCGGGGGGUGUGGAUGGAGCCAUCAGAUCAGUGAAGCUGCAGAAGCUAAAUCAGAGAGACAUCCAGGAUCUGAAUUCUAUCCAGCCCAACAGCCCCACCAUGGUGAUGGACUACUGGACCGGCUGGUAUGAUGCCUGGGGUGACCUCCACCAUGUGCUUCCCCCAGAGGAUAUGGUGUCCACAGUGAGAGAAAUUCUGAGGCGAGGCAUGUCUGUUAACCUCUACAUGUUCCACGGAGGCUCCAGUUUUGGCUUCAUGAGCGGAGCCCUCGCUGAUCCUUCCUACAAAGCGCUGGUGCCCAGCUAUGAUUAUGAUGCUCCCUUGUCUGAAGCUGGGGAAUACACUCCAAAGUACCAUCUUCUUAGGGAUUUACUUUCUCGAUAUAACAGAGGAGACAGUUUCCCUGACAUGCCAGCCCUGCAUUACAGGGAGGCUUAUGAACCAGCUAUCAUGUACCAGCACUUGUCAUUAUGGGAUGCUUUGAGUUUCACUGAGGGACCAUUUAAGUCACCGAAGCCAGUAAGCAUGGAGAAUCUACCUGUGAACAACAGGAACGGCCAGUCAUAUGGAUACACGCUGUAUGAGACUAGCAUCACCAGUGGAGGAUUACUGAAGUCUGGAGACAAUGUCCGAGACCGUGCUCUAGUGUUUGUAGACAGAAGCUACAUUGGCCUUUUCAAGCGACAAAACCUGGAGCUGGCGGUUCCUGAUGGUAAGGGACGACGUACCUUAAGUUUAUUGGUGGAAAACUGUGGACGAGUUCACCAGGGAAGGGACCUUGACAAACAACAUAAAGGCCUUGUGGGAGACAUUUUAUUAAACAAUAUCCCCUUGCGGAAUUUUACAACGUACAGCCUGGAUAUGAAGCCCAGCUUUAUUGAUAGUCUUUAUCAGGCACCUUGGAAAUCUCUCCCUGAGACGCCCAGCUUCCCUGGAUUUUUCAUGGGGAGGCUGUUUGCAUACGGGUAUCCGAGUGACACAUUCGUGAAGCUUCCAGGCUGGGAGAAAGGUGUUGUUUUUAUCAAUGGACUGAAUCUGGGCCGCUACUGGUCAAUUGGCCCCCAGCAGGCUCUCUACCUCCCCGGCCCCUUUCUCAACAGUGGAAUCAACCAGGUAAUUGUGUUUGAAGAGCUGGAGGGAGACUACAAGGUCCACUUUGAGGAUACGCCUGAUCUCGGAAUGGCAGCAGACAUCCAGUGAUCGUCAUCACCGCCUGUAUGGCCAUUGUUUUUUGAGUAAAAAUGUUAUUACACCAGGUCAAACCUUCAACUUCAAGGAUAUCAAUGUUGUUAAUAUCAUGGUCAUUCUACAUACAUUUACACAGACCAAUAUGAAAAACCAAGAGAAGCAUAUUUGUAUGGGAGCAAUUUAUAGCUAUAUACAUACAGUACCUUUAGUUACAGUGACUCUUUACACAUAGAGCAGCAGAACAGCAGAAUUACCAAGUAUGUUCUCUUACCCAUGGAUUUCCACUUAAAGGAACAGUGUGUAACAUUUCAGAGGAUCUAUUAGCAGAAAUGGAAUAUAAUAUUCAUAACUAUGUCGUCAUUAGCGUAUAAUCACCUGAAAGAAUCGUGUUUUCAUUAGCUUAGAA